AAACGCGUCGGUUGUGUUUUUUGUGCGCUGAUUAGGUAUCUUCACUUCGGAUCAACGCAAGAAUUUCAUAUACGGCCUUAUUUAUAUUGCCGCAGUGUUGUUCAGAAAAAAAGGUAGAAUAAAGAAAAUACUGCAGUAGCAGCGCGUAUAAAAAUACACAGGCUUCAUUAUAACCAACAACAACAAAUGAGACGAAAUGCAAUCGAAAAAGAGUUUGACGUAAAAGUUUUGCUUGUUGCGGGACGUGAAAGUCUCACAUGUUUUAAUACCGUAGUAAAUUGAGAUUAGUGAAGUUAAAAGAGCGUAACAGCAACAACAGCUGAACAACAAAAACAAUAACAACAACGCAUAUUUUGUAGAUCAAGCAGCGACAGCAGCACGAACAUGGCCGAUAAUCUCGCUUCACCCAUCAAAGCAUUUUACACCGGCAAAAAUGUCUUCAUUACCGGCGCCACUGGCUUUGUGGGCGUCACGAUUGUCGAAAAGCUAUUGCGCGAUAUACCCGAAAUCGGCACCAUCUACCUGCUGAUGCGUCCCAAAAAGGGCAAGACGGUGGCACAACGCUUGGAAGACAUACGCAAGAAUUCCGUAUUCGACAAGUUCAAGGAAUUGAAAAUCGAUGAGAAACGCUUCGAUAAGAUUGUACCCAUUGAAGGUGAUGUGGGUCAAGAGCAUUUGGGCAUCUCCGAAACGGAACGUCAGGUGUUGAUCGAUAAUGUGCAUGUGGUCUUUCACUCUGCUGCCACAUUGGAUUUCUUUCAAUCGCUCAAAGAGACCACAAAUAUUAAUUUAUUAGGCACACGACGUGUGGUAGAGUUGUGUAAGCAGUUAACGAAAUUGGAGGCUCUCGUACAUGUCUCCAGCGCUUAUGUGAACUCCUACAUCACUGAAGUGGAGGAAAAAUUAUAUCCCGCUCCAGAUGAUCCCGAAAAGGUGAUACAUUUGGCUGAAACGCUAAGCGAUGAGGCGCUCAAGGAGUUAGAGCCCAAGUUACUGAAAGAUCAUCCCAACACGUACACGUUCACCAAACACUUGGCCGAACACGAAGUGGCCAAUGUGGCCUCACGUUUUCCAUGCGGCAUUGUGCGACCAAGCAUGAUCACCGCCGCCUGGAAGCAGCCCACACCCGGUUGGACAAUCUCGAAGAAUGGUCCACAAGGUUUCUUUAUGGGCGCUUCUCGCGGCAUUUUGCGUCGUUUACCUUUAGAUCCAACCAUUAUCAUGGACUACAUACCCGUGGAUGUGGUGGUGAAUGCAAUUAUCACAACCGGUUACUAUGUAAAUGCGCUCAAAACCAAAAACGCCGGCAAACCAGCAGAGCUGCAAAUUUUCCAUCUCACUUCCAGCACAUACAAGCCAUUCCGUUUUGAGUUUUUAAUCAAUAAGAUCAAUGCAUUCCUUCACGAAUAUCCGCUAGUGUCUGCUGUUUGGUAUCCACAUCUAAAACUGGUCAAGAGUUUGUUCCUCUUCCGUUUAGGCGCUAUACUGUUUCACUUUAUACCCGGUUUCUUCUUGGACUUGGUCACCAAACUGAGCGGUGGUAGACCCAUUCUCAUACGCCUACAUAAGAGCGUCUGGAACUCGUUGAAUACAUUGGAGAAAUUUAUUUUCACUGAAUGGCAUUAUGAUAGCAAACAUACGUUAGCGCUUUCGAAGCAAUUGGAUCCACGUGAUCGGGAAACAUUCUUCAUUGAUAUUGGCGAUUUAGCUUGGGAUGACUACUUCCUCAACACUAUUAUGGGCGUGCGUCAGUAUCUGAGCAAAGAAUCACCGAAAACAUUGUCGGCUGCCAGAAAGAAGGAUAAGAUUCUGCUGGCGUUACACGUUGCCCUGCAAUUGGCUUUCUAUUAUGGCAUAUGGAAGCUAGCUAUAUUUGCUUUUGGUCUCUCCAAUGCCAAGGCCGCAUUAAUACUGCCAGUGGCCUACUUCCUUAUGGGACUUAUUUAGGCACUUCACAUCACAAAUAAUACAUAAUCACAUACAUAUAUUUUCUUUACUUGAAUCUUGUGUGGAUUCGCCUUGAGUUUUUGCUGUGUAAUUUCAUACACAAAUAUUUAUUUGAAUUAAAACAUUAUUCAAUUUUCAUUUUCUCUUAAU